CUAAUGAAUCGAUCGGGCGACACAAGGACUUUCGUUAAACACAAGUAUUUACAGGAAGCGUGAACAAGAAGUCAUGUGUACAGCAUGAAUGGGACAUUACUACUAGCGCCCAGGCCUAACAGGUACAGGAAACCUAACCCACGUCUGCUGAGAAAAGAAAGGAGGAGGUUCUUUGGCAGUAUUUCUAGAAACGGUGUAUAUUUAGGGGAAAGCAGGGUGAUGUAAAGCACAGUUGCGCAUAUUAUAAUAAUAUUCUUGCUUAAGCAAAGGGUGAGACUGGUUUGCUAGGCGAGCUUCCGCUGACGGUUCACUGAGGAGAAAUAACUUUGAGAACGUCGACUUUUCCUCGUAAAACCUAUUCCAGGAGCAGUGAGGCAACAGUUGAGGCAAAAACCGGGAAACAGUGCCCCGCCCCGUGUAAGAAAAACGUUUCUCUAUCCGAAAACGUCGUCGACCUUGCAAUGAACCAGCGGGGAAAGUCGGUGUCGCUGCUAAGCAGAGCUGUCGCGCGCGCCGCGUCACGUCGCGUCGCCCUUCCACGCGCCUUUCCGUGCUGCUUGGCUUCCCUCCAAAAAAAAAAAAAAAAAAAUUCCCCGCGCGUAACUUCGGGAAAGCGUCCUGACCCCCGUGUGCCCACCCGUCGGCAGAACUUCCUCCUUCUCCGCAGCGUGGACAUUUAAAAUAAACUGAAACCGAAACCGGGACCUCCGCCCACGCACGCUUAGCCGCUCCCUCACCACCACCACGCUCAAUAAAACGAAGGACUUUACUGUAAAUAACAGUCAAAUUCGCCCGUCGAACAUCGGGAGAGCGCAACUCGCCGGGAACAAGGCAAGGGGGCUGUCCGCGCGCGGGUGCGCGCGCGACUGACGCUCGUGAAUGGAGCCUGGUCCGCGCAUCCGCGGCCGCCGUCGCACGAGUCCUGUCGCUCCGGCGCCCGCGUGAUCAGCGCGUUGUGGGGAUGCUGCUCUUAAUGGAUUCCAAAUCUGAGGGGAGUUUAACCUCGUUCUCCGGUGAUGAAAGUUUGCCGAGUGUAGCAGGAUCGCCCGGGAAGCUCUCGGACUCGGCCAGGAAGCAUAAGCGUAGGGAAAACAACCGAGUGGCGGCGCAGCGGAGCAGGAAAAAGCAAACGGAGCGGGCGGACACGCUACACAAGGAGCUGGAAAUGCUGGAGCACUCCAAUGCGAUGUACGAGAAGGAAAUAGCCCACCUUCGACAGGAGAUCCAGCUCUACACGACUGCUCUGCAGCAGCAUGAACUUCAGUGCUUGCUUCCGUUUUCGCCACUGGAAAACCCUCUGUACGCCCCCGCUCCUGCUCCUGCUCCUGCCCCUGCCCCUGCCCCUGCUCCCAUCCCUGCCCAGGUUCUUGCCCCUACCUUGGCAGAACCUCUACCCCUUGAUCUCGUGGACUUGGAGUUUGGCCUCUGCCUUCUACAGGAAAAUGGGGACAUGCCACACCCAUCAAUGUACUGACGUAUCAAGGGUUUGUCGAGGAGAUGAGGAUGCGAGCUGGACCAAAACUCACCAUCUGAGGACAGUUGCCUCACCGUGAUGUAGCCUUGUGGCUGUUCGCACCAUUCCAGUAACCCAGCUGGCAACCCAGUUUGGUGUUUCCAGUAAUUUCACUAGCAAUACAUUUGCUACUGUCAGUUGGAGGACAAUGGAAGGACCUGCCGUGAACAAAUCAAACCAGUAUGCUGCUAUAAAGGAAACUCCACAACUAUUGUAAUACUGUAAUCUGGUCUCCGUGCAGUUGUUUUUUUUAGCUAUGUGUGCAGUGACCGAGAGCGCAUCCUAGUGGUACAAAUGUGAAAUAAGCUUUAGUGUCAAGCGGAUGAAAUGUAUUGAUUCAACGCCGGUUGGCUUUCAGAUUUAAAUUAAUGUACACAUGAUUUUUUUUUUUUUUCCCCCCCACAAAAUUCAUUAAAGAGCUGAAUAAGAAAAAGUACAAAGCAGAAUCUGAUGGAAAACGUUUGUGGGACAGAACUCGGGAUUGACCGCAAAGGUAGAUGUGAGGCGGUAGGGUGGCACGGUGGCUCAGUGUGUGUGGAGCGUUCACAGUGUGGGUGGGUAGCACGGUCGCACAGCAACUAGUGCUAGUGGUGUGAGACGACGUGGGUUCAAUCCCCUCUCGGCCUCUGUGGGUUUUCCCAUGGGUGCUCUGGUUUCUUCCCACAGUCUAAAGACAUGCUCUCCAGGUUCUCUCAUA